AUGCAGGGAGGAAAUACAUACACUCUUAACACAUAGGAACAGGAUUAUAGCUACUUGCUUAAUAACAAAGCUUCUGAAUCAGAGAAGUAUUAUACUUUAAACGACAGUUUGUAUAUUUCAACAAUUGAUAACACUCUAACUAAUUUAAAUCUUGCCCCCGAUCAAAGUAUAUUUGAAAUUCAAAAGACUAUUAUGGAUACUGAGAAAAGAACAUCAGGUUUUAAAGAUUCAACAAGAAUGGAAUCAAAAUUUGAAUCUUCGAGGAUUGGACUCAUGGUAAAUAAUUAAUGUUUACAGCAUUAGCAAAAUAUGUAAAGAAAAACUGAGUACAGUAGCAAUUAUGUCCAUGAGUUUCGUAGAAAAGAAGUUGUCACUUUUAGCUAAAUGAAGAAGAAAAACUAGGAUCGAACCAAGUCAAUGCUAGAACAUAACAGUAAUCAAUUACUUGAAUAAACUGGGGAUUCCUAUCAAAGCAUCAAUAACCGCUCAUUUGACCUAAGAAACCGAUAAAAGUUGCCAAGUUAGUAUAAAACUGAAGGAGGAUCAAAGCAUCAAUAAUCAUCAAAAGUUACAGAAAGGCAAAUGCAAAACUAAAUAAUUGCUGAGAAGAUUUAAUCUUACAAAUCAAUGCUUAAAAAAAUCUAGCCAAGAACAAAUAGCUAUAGACAAAAUUAGUAAACUAGCAACCAAAAAAAUAUAAAGUUUCACGCAGAUGAAGAUAAAGUCGAUGAUCUACCUCUUUUUAAUGAUAAGGCUGGUAAAAGAGUUGUUAUGAACAAUCUUUAUAAGAUUAAGCUAAAAGUAGAUGAGAUUUAGAAGAGAGAUAGUGGGAAUUAAAAUGCAGAUGCUCAAAAAAAAUAUUAAAGUGCUGCUGCAGGAGGAAUUCAAUCCUUAAAUAAUAUGAAUGGACCUUCAUCUAAGCUUAAUUAUGAUAGGUUUCAAGAUUUGAUAAAGAAAUCAAUAGAAUACGGUGGAGUUAGGAAGAUAAGAAUGCUAAAGGAAACCGAAAAUGCAAAUAAAAUUCUAAAUGACCCUUAAAAUAUGGAGGAACUGAAAGUAAAUACAAAGGUUCUAGAGAAGUAUAAUCCUUUGAUAACUGAUGAACAGUUAAGAAUAAUUGAGGCGUCAAUACCAAAACACACCAUGAAGCAAUUACUUAAUCUAAAUAAUAUGCAGUUUUUAGUGUUUAAAAAAACAGAAUAAUGGAUCAAGAAGAGAAAAAGAUAGUAAAAUGAUAUGUCAUAAAAGGAAAAGCAUGUUGAAUUUGCUAAAGAGUUAUUUAAAGUAUGGGAUGAUGAUAAUUCAGGAGUUUUGGAAUUAGAUGAAAUAGCAGAGCCACUUGUAGCUCUAGGUUUAAGUACUGACUCAUUAUUUGUUGCGAAGCUAAUACAAUCUCUUGGUAAAUCAAGCAAUCCAAAAAAGAAGUCUGAUGAGGAAUUAUAAAGAGACUCAGAUAAGCUAACAUUUACAUUAAAGGACUUCGUUAAGAUAUUCAGAGCUGAUAAAGUUGGUGAAAGAAUAGCAAAGAUAAUCAAGAAUACCAGUAUAGAAAAUAAGUAUCAGAUUCAAUAAGCAUAAUGGUAGAAAGCAUAGUAAAAAAUGCUAAGAGAGAAGUUUAAGUUGGGUGAUUAAUAGAUUAAGGAGCUUACUCAGUCUCUAUAGAAUUCACCAAGGAUUGCAUUUGACUAGUAAUCUCCAGACAAAAGUAUUUUUCAAUUUUUCGAUUCAGACAGCUCACCUUUCAAUGAUUAAAACACUAUCCUUAUGACAAAGGAAUCUGAGGAGCCAGAUCUUUUAAAUGAUGAUCUCAGUGCCUAAAUUCGACCUCAUGACUUACUAAAGUUAAUAAGAAGGCAAUCUACUAAAAAAGAGACGAUCUAAUAUUUGCAAAAGAGUAAUACUCCUUCAAUCGCUGAACUUAUGGAAAUCGUUUACGGAUGGUGGAGAGAAAUAGAUUUACUUUAAAAAUUAGAAGUUCAUAUGGACAGAGUUGCAGACUUAUUAGUUAAAAAAGGAAUUUCCAAUGAUGUAGACUCAGCCAAAAAGAUUUUGCUAAAAUACCUCGAGGGAAGCUUAAAAGGAAACAUUAUAACAAGAGAUGACUUUAAUUAAGUAUUCUGUAGAUGCAUUUUUAAAGAUUCAUUGAUUGCAAUGACUGAAAAAAUAGUCUAAAUGGAUGAAAUUGUUGGAGAUAUGCCUCUAACAUUAAAACUAGGUUAGUAUUAAAGAAAUCUAAUGAUGCCUGGACUUUAAAAAGGAGAUGAUAGAAUGUAUAUAGGCAGAGAUAUAAUGAAUGCACUAUAUGCACUAAAGACAGAAAAAGAUCAUUCGUUAAAGACUCUAAGAUAUAAAGAAUUUGUUUAAGAUCCUCUGGGAUAGCUAAGAAGAUUUAGAGCAUAAGAGCUUUUAAAAGAGAUUAAAAUAGAUGAAUUUGAUAGAGGAAUCAGAAUUGUAGACGAUCAAACUUACAAAAAAAUGCCUUUUUUCUCUGAUAUUGAUAACUCAAUAUUUGACUAAAAAGUAUUGUAGGAGAAAAUAUUGCCCAAAGAAGGUAAAACUGGUCAAAAAGUAGACUUUCAACUAUAUCCUACGAUAUCUAUUCUAGAUACGAGUGAAUCGAAAACUUCAAUUAAGAAGGGACCUUCUUAGCCUCUUAGGAAAAAUCUCCCAAAGCUUUCCACAAUGAGCGCAAAGUUAAAUACACCAAAUACAGCAAACAGCUCUCCUAAAAACAGCAUUUCAAGAAAGAAAUCUAGAAUUGGAAGUAUGGAGUCUAAAGAAUAAUAUAAGCAGCUGUAGGACGAUGAAAGAUAAGAAUCAUACUUACUUUAUAGAUCUCAACUAAAUCUUGAGAAUAAGGUUGCUGCUGAAUCUAAGAACCCAGUAAUGGUAGCUAUGGUAGGUCGGCUAGUUGAAAUGAAUGAUCAUAAUAGAGUGGAAGCUGUUAGACUCCCAAAUAUUUAUUAAGAAAAAGACUUAAAGCAGAGAGAAGAGGACAAAUGCGACCUUUUAGAGCAGUUUCAAAAGCUAUUAGUAAAACAUAAUGAUUUCACCAAAAUUAAUUGA